AAUACCGAAUCCUAACCCUUCCUGCUCAUCUUCUUCCCCAAGCCGCCGGCAGCGGCGAUUCUCCGACCAAAGCUCGCUGGCGUGCCGCGCGUAGUCUAGGGUCGUCACACCUCCCUUCCCACGACUUCUCUGUUCUCCCUCUCGGCCUCGGUCUUCCUUUCCUAGCGGCGACGACAGGGCGAGUUGCGCUGCCCGUUGUUCGUCGAGCGACGGGCGCUUCGCCGGCGACGAACAUCCGACCAUGUCCUAUACUGGGUCCGCCCCUGUGUCCGACGUCGAGUCCGCCCCUGGUGAGGGCGAGAAGGGCGAGAAGCCGCCUCCGCGAUUCGAACUCGAGUUGGAGUUCGUGCAGUGCCUCGCCAACCCUACCUACAUUCACUAUCUAGCACAGAAUAGAUAUUUUGAGGAUGAGGCAUUUAUCGGAUACCUCAAGUACCUAAAAUAUUGGCAGCGUCCGGAGUAUAUCAAAUACAUAAUGUAUCCACACUGCCUUUUCUUUCUUGAGCUCCUCCAAAAUGCCAAUUUCCGCAAUGCAAUGGCACAUCCAGCAAGCAAGGAGCUUGCUCACAGGCAGCAAUAUUUCUUCUGGAAAAACUACAGGAAUAAUAGAAUGAAGCACAUCUUACCACGCCCUCCUCCUGAACCAGCUCCUGCGGCACCUUCACAAGGACCUGCAGUGAUGCCCCUACCACCAUCAGUACCGACACCUGUGGCCCCACCUGUUCCCGCGCCGGCAUCAUCUAUGCCAGCCGUGGCAACAGGUGGUGCAUCUGCAAUGUCUCCUAUGCAGUUUGUAGGAACUCCCGGCACCAAUAUGCCGAAGACCGACAUGAGAAAUGCUAUGGGCAACAGAAAGAGGAAGAUGGGCUAGCUGAACAUGCUGGGCAGCUCAACAGCGGACAACAUGGGAUCCAAGCCAGAAGUCGAUGCCUAUGGAGCCUUGCCAUUUUUUAAAUGUUCUUAGGCCUUGUAGUUGAAAACUCAUGUUAUAUCAAAUACUGAUCUUAGGAGCUGCAGAUGUAACUUUAGUGUUGUGUUGGUAAUGUUUUAGUCGAACUUUUAUUAUGGUGUAUAAACGCCGGCAGCUGGAAAAUGCACGUUCAGCGCCCUAUUCAUGAACCAUAACAUAUGCUGCCACUGGUCCAUCCGUCCA